AUGAACUGCGCGUCGCGGCUCACCAACACGCGACCGCUCUCGAUCUCCUCGAACCGAUACGCCUUCUCGUGCUCCGAGUACCCGAGGAAACGACAGCGCACCGACCGAGCGUCGAACUUCGACCGCUUCUCCUUCGGCACGUGCACGUACGCGUGGCACCCGAACACCUUGAGGUUGGCCAGCAAAGGCUUCUUGCCGGUCCAAACGUGGUGCGGCGACUUGUCGAACGUGGCCGUCAUCACCGCUUCUCCCCAGUACUCCUUCGACAACCCGGCGUGCUCCAGCAUGCAGCGCGCACACUCCACCAGCGUCCGAUUCAUUCGUGUUGUCAAGACUGAUGUGACGACGCCCCGCCAAGCGACCGUGUGA